AUGCAAGAAAAGGAUUUCCCAAAGACACUCAUUGAUUUGGUGAAAGCCUUACCACAAUACGUACGCGAUUUAAAUGAUUUUAAGAUGGAUAAACAAAUUGGUAAAGGUGGUUUCGGAGAAGUUUGGAGAGCUAUUGAUUCUAAAACGAAAGAAGAAGUUGCUGUCAAAAAAUUAUUCGUCACAAAGCUAGGCAGAAAGAAUCUUCUUACUUUUAUUAGAGAAAUUUACACAAACGCCGUUUCAAAAGAUAAAUAUUGCAUCAAACUUGUAGGUUUCACUGUUAUACGUCCUUACUCAAUUAUCACUACAUUUGCAAAAGGUGGAUGCCUUGUUGAUUACAUUUUCCCUGGAUUUUCGAAAUUUGACACUCUAUCACCGACUCGUUUAACAAUUAUUGCAAUGAUGAUCGCGCACGGAUUAAGCGCCGUACAACAGCAAAAUAUAGUACAUCGUGAUGUCAAACCUGCCAAUAUUCUUUUAAAUGAAAACAAACAUCCUUUAGUUUGCGAUUUCGGCGUAGCAAGAAUCGUUGAUACAGAGAAUUUCAUGACAAGGAGAUCAGGUACCAUCAUCUACAUGGCUCCUGAGCUUUACAACGAAAGAGAUUACGAUACACAAGUCGAUGUCUACUCCUACGCCAUCAUGCUAUGGGAAAUGUCCGAAAAGAAGCAUGCCUACGAUGGUUACAACAAGCAGAUGAUGGAUGGAGUACUCUCUGAAGGAACAGAUCGACCAAGAUUUUCGAAGAAGACACCGAAGAAGCUUCGCGACCUUAUCAGUCAAUGCUGGGAUAAAGAUCCUACCAAACGGCCUACUUUCGCAAAGAUUUGCAAGAUGUUCGCCACAGGAAAAUACGGAUUUGAUGGUUUUAAGUCGGAAGAAGUCAUAAAAGAAGGAAAGAAGAUCAAAGAGACUGCCAAAUCCAAAGAUCCUAAGCAAUACUGCAAUGUUGACGAAGUUAUCCGUCAAAUUGAAGAAAUGAAGAAUAUUCCUCAAAACGACGACGAUGACGAAGAACCAGAGUUCUUGGAUGAUGAAGCCAUUGAUUACGUAGACUUUCUCGAUCCAUCCAACAAGUAUCGUCCGAAUCCAGAACCAAUUUCCCGAAAUCUCAACAAUGCAGGGUCUGUUUCCCCCGGAACAAGCAAUUCCAAACCGGAUCAAAGGUUAUUAAUGGCCGCUCCACAUCCCCAGUUCUUUACUCAUCUCCAUCAGGUUGCAAAUUCACUUGAACCAGAGAAUUUCGAAGUUUUCUUCCAAUAUACGUCCGGAUACAUCGCAAAGCCACAGAAUGAGAUAGUUACAACACAUGUACAAUACGCGUAUUGCGAAGCAAUGAUGAAAAACAAUGAUUUCAUCGAUUUUUGUGAGAAAAAGUCACUUUUUGUAAAUUUGCCAACACAAACUGAAUCGAUCAUUAAAAGGUCAUUAGAUUUAUUUGGUUUGUUCUUCUGUUUCAGGCCGAACUUAGUCACACAAAACCAUAUCAGAUACAUCAGGUUUUUCCUUGAAAAUCAGCCAAGUUCGAUGAUAAUUAUUUUGUCACAUUUUCUCCAAAAUUUGACAGAAUUUCAAAAUUUUGUUCAAUUAUUUGACAUUCUUUUAUUAGUUUGUCAGAAGUUCUUUGACAUUGAAGAAGCUGAUAUGUAUAUUAUUUCGUUGAUGAACAUUUUAGAAUCAUUUCCUGAUUAUUCUAACCAAAGAAUUGAUUGUUUCAAAUCCAUUUUCUAUUAUUUCACGAAUUCAAAGCAUCCAAAUGUUUUGGCAGCAGCAUAUUCAGCCAUUGCAACACUUUAUGAACCAUCAAUGCCAUUAGACAUUGAUUUAAUGUGUAGACAUGCAAUGAAUGCUGAUGUUUGUCCUGCAAUCGCUUCUAUUUUCAUCAAAAUCUACAAUAGAUUGCCUAUUACGAAAGAAUUGAUUCAUUGCGUUUUGUGUAUGGCGCAUUUAAGUACAGAUGCAAGUAUUUUACCUCUUCUUUUGGCCGAUUAUAAUCAAGAUGCCGCUGUUUUGAUGGUAAAAGAUGAUUCUUGGUACGAAACAGGACUUCCUGAUGCUUUGGAUACAUAUAGACUAUUGUUGGUUUUGUGGAAGAACAUGACAGCAAGAAGUCAUUUGUUAGUCAUGGAGAAAUUCCCGAAUUUACUCGCGUUUUUGGCAUCAAAUUCUGACAAUUUUAUUAUUGGCAGUUUUUGUAUAAUUUUGUCUCCAAAGUACUUGGAAAAGGGAUUGAUUGAUAGAUUGGACAAAGCAGGAUUCUUCACGAAUUUCUCAAAUACUUUGUUGAAUAUCAGAGAUAGCAACACAAUUAUUGCUGCUGCAAUGAUGUAUGAAAACAUGGCAAAAGUGUGUUGUGCAAAUGGAUAUCCACAACUUGCUUUGUCUAUCAUCACCGCUGCUUCUGCUGUUCGUGAAUGUUUCAGAAAUGCUGCUGUUGCUUUGACUGCAUUGACUGUUCAUAAGAAUGUUUCUCUGUUUUUGAGACAACAGAAACAAUUCAGUGAUUUCAUGAACAAUUUGAAGAUUUUCCCCGAUUGUGCAAAGUAUAUACAAAUCAUUUCAAAUAAUAUGCAGUGA